AUGACGGAGGACUUCAAAUUCACUAAUGAGGAUUGCAUCUACACCCAAGGCAAACAUGGCCAGAACGUCUCGUUCUCUGAGAAGGUACACAAUAAACUUGACUUUGAUUGGCGAUGUGCUGUUGUUGUUAAGCUCAUGGGUAAACCAAAUUCUACAAACACCUUCGAUUUCAUGCUGAAAGGAUUGAGAAGGAAAUGGCAAGUCAAAGGGGGCUGGCACCUCAUUGACCUUCCUAAUGACUUCUUCAUUGUCAAAUUCAAUUUGGAAGAUGAUAUGAAUAGCGCGCUGUGUGGGGGUCCCUGGAUUUUGGCUGGUCAAACCUUAAUUGUUAGGAAGUGGAGACCGGAUUUUGAUCCUCUGAACGAGUUUAUUGGGAAAAUGGCUUUAUGGGUUAGAAUCUGUGGGUUCCCUGUCAAAUACUUUAAGGAUUAUUUUGUGGCUAAGAUUGGCAGCAUUAUAGGUGAUGUUGUUAAGGUCGAUCAAGUUACUCUUGGUCAAGCCAAAGGCAAAUUUGCCAGAGUUUGUAUUGAAGUUGAUCUAAGCAAGCCCUUGUGUCCUUUUGUGGAGGUGGAAUCUGUUGCUUACCAUGUUGUUUAUGAAGGAAUUUCAAUGAUCUGCUUUGAGUGCAGUUGCUUUGGUCACUCUAAGGAUAAAUGCCCCAUUAUAAUUGCUAGGCCAAAUGCUAAUCCUCAAGCUAAUGAGACUGUCGGCAACUCUAUUGACUAG